GUGUGGGUGUGAGUUGAAGCAAAAACAAAUAUGAGAGUUUUACUAGCUUUCGUUGUGACACUCUCUUUCGCCACCAAUGCCUUAUCAAAGAGACCCGUUGUUGAUGUUUACCAAAGCUACAUCCAAACUAUUCGUCAAAAAUUUGGGUCUAAAACCCAUAAACUCUAUGGCAUUCCAGUGCUCCAACACUCCCUAUCAAAUUCCGAUCGUUUUCAUCUCAUCGACACCGGCAACGAACCAGGCGAUACAAUCACUCUUGCCGUUGAUGCACAAGAUAUGAGUGUUGUUGCAUAUCUUGCUGGAAAUGAUGAUUCUUACUUCUUUUCAAAUGCUCCAAAAUUUGCUUUUGAUAUUCUCUUCCCUAACACAAAUCAAAAUCUUCUCAAUUUCGAUAGUUCCUUCAAAUCCAUUGAAAAAGCAGCUAAUACUACAAGACAAGCCACUCCCCUUGGUUUCAAAGAAUCGAACGCAGCCAUUGCCAACUUGUUUCAUUACGAUUCUGUUCUCGCCCCUGUUUCUUUCCUUAUUGUGUUUCAAAUGAUCUUCGAAUCCGCCAAAUUCAAUUUCAUCGAACAACGCAUCGUUAACAGCAUAAAGUAUGGAGAAGCCUUCACACCCGACCUCGCAAUGUUGAGCUUAGAAGACAAUUGGUCGGAACUUUCAUUACAAAUCCAAGCGUCGAAUUCGUUACAAGGACUAUUCGGGAGUAGCGUAACGCUAUACAACUCGAAAAAUGAAGCUAUUGAAGUGGAUAGUAUAUACUACCCACUCAUACUUUCUAAUCUUGCAUUGCAAUUAUACCAUUGCAAUAUCCAGGAUUACAUCAAGAUGCCUACCGCUACCGUCACGGAUCAUCAAAAUCCUCGAUGUUAUGUCAAGGAAAGAACCGUGCGGAUUAGCGGACGAGAUGGGCUUUGUGUGGAUGUAGCUCGUGAUGGUUCUCAAGUUAUUUCAUCCCCAUGUGGACAACAAGCAAAUCAACGAUGGACGUUUAAUAGGGAUCACACUAUUCGAUCCUCAGACAAAUGUUUGAUCCCAACUAAGUCCAAAGCAAAUCCUUUUGCUGUGAUUCUAGAUUGUAAUAAGGUCAGCCAACAAGAUGCAACUUGGGAUGUUUCAAUUAGUGGGACAAUCAUGAACCCAGCUUAUGAUCUUGUGUUGACAUCAAACAAUGGAAUCAAUGACAACAGUUUGUCAAUGAAGAAGAACAAAUAUUGUGGAAAUCAAGGGUGGAGAGUUGGGAAUUUUGUGGAACCACUUAUAGUUUCAAUUAUUGGGGUGAAACAAAUGUGUUUGGAAGCAACGGAGGAAAAUACAAAUAUUUGGUUAGAAGAAUGUGUGAAGAACAAGAUUGAACAAUCUUGGGCAGUUUACAGUGAUGGAAGUAUUAGAGUAAAUAACGACCAUAGUCUUUGUGUGACAGCAUCUUCAAUUGAACCAAAACAGAGAAUUGUGAUUGGUAAAUGCAAUGGCUUAGCUUCACAAAGAUGGGUUCUGAACGCUGAUGGGACAAUCUCAACACCAAAAAAUGAAGGAUUGGUAAUGGAUGUCGCACAAAGUAAUGUUGACCUUAAGGAAAUUGUUUUGUAUCCUCGAAGUGAUUUGGUUAGCCAACAGUGGGUUGCUUUGUACUAAAUGUAAGUUUGAUUUCACAUGAAUCUGCUAGAUUGGAUUUCUAAUAAAUAAAUGUAGUUUGUUCUGUUUUUUCUA